GCUCGGUAGUUUGCCAGUUCGCUAAAUGCUGGUGAAUCGCUUUUGGGCUUUUGGUUGCUUGGCGGCUACGCUUUGCUUUGAUAGCUCGAUUGUUGAGCACAUUUGCUUUUGAGUAACAGUGGUGUGGAGUCGCGUCGCCGUGCCGCCGUAUCGUAUCCGCCGGUUAGUCGAGUCAGUUAUCGAGUCAAAUCGCACAGCAGCAGUGACGCUGUUAUUGAGCUAUUCUAGGGCGCGCACAAAUAUUGAAAAAUUAUUCCAAUCUGUUUAAUAUUUCUAUUCGAUUUCUGAGUUUGCCGAGAGAGUGCGCAAUUUUUUCAAUAAACAUUCGCCGGCUUUUAUUUCUGUGCGUGUAUGGUCUUUUUUGUGAUUUCGCGCUUUUUUCAUUGUACAUACAUAUGUUUGUAUGUAUGUAUAUAUCUACAUACAUUUGUACCUGCGUAUGCUAAGCGUAGACUUUCAAGAUUAUUUUCGAAGAUUUUCGUUUUUUGCUUUGCCAUAUUGUAAUAUACUAAAUUUGUAUUUAUUAUUCAAUCGGUGUGGUGCAGAGCAAAUGGAUUUUAAAAGCGUGCUCACCAGCUCAGCCAGUUCUGCCAAGCGUCUUUUUUCGUAUAAUAUUGUUUUUAAAGUGUGAUUCUUAAUUAUUUUUAAUGAGUAUGUGGCGUGUUUGUUUAAUUUGUGACAUUUGAAAGUAGUCGUGAUUUGGCGGUUCAAAUGAAUUGAAGCGCGCAGUAAUACACGGACAACGAGCAGUGUUUAAAAAUUUAAUUUAAGUUUCGUUAUUUUUAUUGUUGUGCAUAAGCGGAAAAAAGGAGCCUUGCCAAAAUGAGCUGCGCAACAGGCACAAUAAAAUAUUCACUAUUCUUACUGAAUAUGCUAUGGGCGAUCUUAGGUAUCUUGGUGAUACUUUUCGGUGGCCUUGGUUGGGGUGCAAUGCCGCAGAGUUAUGCUAUAGGCAUUAUAGUUUUGGGCGGUGUCAUCUUAUUUAUAUCCUUUUUUGGCUGUUUUGGCACAAUACGUGAAUCGACGCGCCUUUUGUGGACGUAUGCCAUUUUUCUCACAGUGUUGCUCGUCCUCAUAAUCGUUUAUAUUUGCCUUAGCACGCGUGACAUCUUCAAACGGUAUGCUAUGGAGGGCAUAGAGGAGCAAUGGCGUAAGGAGGUUUUGCAGCCGGGUUCCAUGGAUACAGUGCAGUCAGUGUACGCCUGUUGUGGGCUCAACUCUGCUGAAGACUAUAUACGCAUUGCGCGCGCACCACCAGCAAGCUGCUGCAAGGAGGCUAAUUGUAUCAAUCCUUUGAAUCUCCAUCUCACCGGUUGUUUGCCGAAAGUAGAGGAAGCUUUCGCUGAUGAGGCGGUCACAACGGCUUACUAUGAAUAUGGGCUUUUGGGAUUUGAUUGCAUCAUUUUGCUUUUGACAAUCCUACUGGCAAUUCACUAUCAGAAUCGUAAACGAAGAUUUAGCUACUAAGUUUGUGGGCAAGCUUGAAAGCUUAAGUGCUUUUCGAGUCCGUGGUAGUGGAGAGCUUUUAUAGGAAUAUUAAAUUACUUUACUUUUAUGAUAUUUCAUAUUUUAUGUUUUACAAAAGAACUUAUAAAAAAUAGAUGUAACGCUGCUAACUAAGGUUGUCGCCUUAGAUAAUGUGUUGCUUUCCUUGAAUGCUUUUAUGCAAUGUCACGUGUACCUCCAUGCAAAUCGAAUAAAUGUUUUUAAUAUAUUUAUAUUGUAAGUAAAUAUGUAUUUAGGUAAAUAGAUGAGUAAUGUUUACAUAUAGAUUUAUUUAUUACCGACUAAGUUCUAUUUAUAUCUAAAGAAAAAAGAUGUAUGUAUUAAUGAAACGAUAUUUACAGAAAUUAGUUUUGUAUUUAAUUUAAAAAAAUAAAAGAACAAAUUUUA